GGAGUGAGCACGCCUCUUCCGCUCUGGGCCCGGAAGGGUGAUGUGGCUGGGGCUUCGCGGGCCUCACUAUGUCUGCCAUUUUCAAUUUUCAGAGUUUGUUGACUGUAAUCUUGCUGCUUAUAUGUACCUGUGCUUAUAUCCGAUCCUUGGCACCCAGCCUCCUGGACAGAAAUAAAACUGGAUUGUUGGGCAUAUUUUGGAAGUGUGCCAGAAUUGGUGAACGAAAGAGUCCUUAUGUUGUAGUGUGCUGUAUAGUGAUGGCCUUCAGUAUCCUGUUCAUGCAAUAGCUUGGAACAAUGCCAGAAUUUAAUUGCCAUCAGAUUUCAAAAUGAAAAAGGACUUAUAUGCAGAAAAUAAUGGAAAGAGUGGUUACCCCUUUUAUCUCUGAACAUUGACUGAGAUAAAUUUCCAGCUGCUGUUCUUUAUUUUUAAGUUAUUGGACCAAUGUUCUAUAUAAAUAAUUAAGAUGUAACCAAACAAUCAACCUCAGUACUGUCACUACAAUAUUAUAGUCUGCAAAUGUCUUCUGUUGUGUCAGAUACCAGUUUUUAGUGAGGUAUUUCUAAGGCACAGAGUAGAAAACAAAAUUGGUAAAUUACUCAAGUUCCUUACACUGUGAUUUGGAAAUGAUAAAUCUUUAUAGAAUGAGAUCUUUUUGGGGGCUAUCUUUU